AUGUCUGCCAUUUCCCCGAAGAUCAUUGCUCAAGCAAGGUCUUACGACCCUUCAGUCUUUUCAACCCUCGUUGAAAGCAUUGCUCCAAGGACCUAUUCCAUUUCGCUGCUCGAGUCUCUCCUGACCCACUUCCAGAUGGAGAAGCUUCCAAAGGCCACGUCCUACUCUGCGAUACACAGCCUGUUCGAAGCUAAGCCAAUGGUUCAAAUCAUGGCCUGCCUCGUUAUAAGCCUCGACAGCUGCUACUAUACCGAGACUCUGCUCCAGUCCACUGCCGACAAGAUCCAUGACUGCAUUGAGGGCAUACUUAGCUGGACUCUACUUUUCGUGAACCAUAUCUUCUCUCCAAAGUCGAAGCAUUGCUUUGAGAGGAGAAAGAUUGUGGGGGAUAUGGCGUGUCUACUCAUGAUCAGGCUACUUCGCUUUGAUAUUCGCAUUGACCAGCUGGUGACCGAGUCGCAGAAGACAUUCGAGAUCGCGCUCAAACCUUGGCCGAUUUGUGAUGUGGUCACGGAAAAGUUUCCAUCGGUCCUCCUCGGGUUAAUCCUCAAGGAUCACAUGAACAAAGCGGAAACGGCUUUCGAAAAGCAUCACUUUGUCACGUACCUCGUUUCGGAUGAAGCACGUCUCGGUGGAUUUGUAAGAGGCUUUGUUUCACACCUGACCAGAGCCCGAGAGAGAUUGGAGAACGCGGAGGCUGGAGACCAAGCCGUGCUUCACAAGGUACAGGAUGCACUAAACCUUCUGGCAGGGAUACAGAACCGUCUUAGCUCCGUGAGAUUGGUGUAUCGGGCGUUGCGUCAGGUUGGAGUUCUCCAAUCAUGGGUCAAGACGUUAGCGGCAUGUUUGGCGCGUCCAGGGAACAACACAGAUACCGUGCAUCUGGUCGCAAACACUCUGCGUAUGUCGUACCAGCCUCACGCGAGUCCGUUGUGUGGACUGCAGACAGUCAUCGAGGCUGGCAUCCACGACUUGAUGUUACAAUGCAUCAAAACGGUCCAGAAGUACAAUAUACCCGCAACUGCACAGUUGCUUUCAUCCGAACUUUACGGUUACUUCCUUAGGGUGUACAGUCACUUUUCCAACCACCCUCGCGGAGUUAAGCUCCUGGAACCUAUCGUCAUGUCCCUGGGCCUUGUGAAGGAUCGUUCCGAAUUCUCAAUCGAUGCUUUCCGCACCAGGGUUGAUCUGCUGCAGAGGAUGGAUGAAGCUCCUCACCUCUUUACUCUCUGCGACAACGAAUCACACGGGAGUAUGAUCAAAGACGAAAAGGCCCUUGUCGUCAAAGGUAAGGGGCCUGAAGGUGUCGCAUCUUGCUCCAACUGCCACUCGGUCUUCUACUGCGAUCCCAUUUGCCAGAAAGAAGACUGGACACGACGACACAAGUCCCAAUGUUCAGCAAUGCGAUCGCGCUACAUUGUGAACGAUUCACACAACAUCGAAUUCUCAUAUCGAUAUCGCGUCUUCUCUGCUCAUUUGGUUCUCGCGGCUCUCAACAACAUCGGCAACUCGAAGACAGCUUUCACACAAGUCGCGUUGCAAGGUCGCGACCCGUCCUCAUACCUGGAGAAACUCGCCUCAUGCGACACUGUGACUACAGUCCUAAGCAACAUGUGCCUCAAGCCAACCAUCGCUUUUACUCCCAGGGAAACCUUCACGAGUAAUUUCUGCGCUUCCGAGCCGUGCCCCGUCACUGCGAAACGCAUCCGGGAUAUGUCUGAAACUGUGGCUGAGAAGGGAAAGAACGGCGGGAAAUCGACUCUUGUCGCUGCGACUGUCACGGGUGUUCCUCGGUACCAUUUUGCUCUGAUAAUGGAAGUGGAAAAGGACGUGGCAUCGGGGAAUUUUGUCUGUCUUCAGCAUGUCGCUAGCAUCCAGUGA